UCAUAAUCUUUCCACUCUCCUCCCAUUCCAAAACACGAUCAACAAAAACCCAAAAGCCAGAGAGAAGACAACAACAGAUCUGAAGAGAUUGAACUUGAAGGGUGAAGAAGAGACAGAAGUGACGAACUGACGAACUCAUCUCAGUUCUCACUUCUCACGGUCAAAGUCUCAGAGGAAGAGAACACAUGAAGAAGGGAAGAUAGAGGUUUCUGAGUUGAAUCUAAGAAAAAGCUGAAAUUUGGUACAAGAUUCUCCAAUUCUCCUUUGAUUCUCCUCUGAUUCUCUCUAAAAUUGAUUCUGAAAAGAAUAAGUCACGGCAGUAACGGCGUUACAAGGCUCUGUAACGCCUCUGUUUCUGCAUAGCACCGAGAAAUCGUUCCGUAUCGAAUUGAAGCAGAGACUUUCUUGUCAUUGUUACUGCUAUUGCAGCAGUCUCUGGUUUCUUCAAGAUGAAAAUCUUAGAGGCCAAUGCCGGCGUGCUCACGAAUUUUGAGGUCCUUGAUUUCUUACGAGCAAAAGGAGCUUCGAAAGAUCCAACAAGAGUUAUUGCCAAAGUAACACAAUCUGAAUACAAGGUUUAUGAUUACUUGGUUAAUACUGCUGCAUCUAUUCAAACAAGGGUGAACACGGAUGAGUUCUUGAGAAAGAUUAAACUGCAUGACCUUGCACCAGCUGAGAUUCUGAACAUGAUAAACACUAGGCCAGCUGCUGCUGUUGAACUAUUCCCGAUCAUAGAGGAAUGUGAGUCCCGUUUUCCAGAUGAAAUGGUUGAAGAAUUAGCAGAGCUGGUCAAGAAAACAUUGCUGGGGCCGCCUGCCAAAAAGAAACCGGAAGAAAUCACUGAGGGCAAUGAAGAAAUGGCAACACUGAAACAGGAAAAAGAUAAUGAGAAUCCGGAAGAAACCAGUGAGGGCAAUGAAGAAACAGCAACCCUGAAACAUGAAAAAGGAAACGAGAUUAAUGAAGGUGCAGAACAAAUGGACAAAAGUUGAGAUCCUUAUUGCGACCAUAGUAUUUUAUGAGUAGCGCCAGAGUACAAUGGAAUUUUUCAAUCCUCUAUAACAAUGCCAUUUGGUUUUGUAUAUGGUUAGCUCCUUUUCUUAAAUCUUUUUAGUAUACAAUUGAAAGAAAGAGAAAACUAUCAAUUCUACGCAAUUGUUACUCACAAUCAAAAUUCUAGGCAAUUGUUAUUGAUAAGAUGUUCAUCUAAUUAGUUUUCCCAUUAUAAAUUGGUACAACACUUUCAAUUUA